AUGUACGAUGGAGUGCUGAGACUCCCAAUGCCAGUGGGCACCAGCCUGGUUGGUUUUGCCGAUGACGUCGCCAUAGUGGUGGUAGCCAAGGAGCUAGCUACGGUGGAGGCUCACGCUGACGCAGCGGUGCAGGCUGUAGAGUCGUGGCUAGCGAACGCAGGGCUGCAGCUGGCGGCCCACAAGACGGAGGCGGUGCUUGUCUCAAGUCGAAAAGCGGUGGAGACAGCUAGCGUGAGGGUCGGUGGAACCACGAUACGGUCCCAGCGGGCAAUCCGGUACCUUGGCGUUCUUCUAGACACGCGCCUGUGCUUCAAGGAGCACCUGGACUUUGUGCACAAGAAGGCCAGCGGAACCGCAGGAGCUCUAUCCAGGAUGCUGCUAAACACCAGAGGGCCGAAGCAAGCAACCCGGAAACUGCUCACGACGGUUGUGACGUCGCAGAUGCUGUAUGCAGCGCCAGUGUGGGCGGAAGCAGCUAAGAAUCGCUGGGACUCGUCGCAAACAGGACGCUGGACGCACACGCUCAUCCCCAACCUUACGAGCUGGGUAGAGAGGUCGCAUGGGCAGGUAGACUUCUACCUCACCCAGGUGAUCAGCGGUCAUAGCUGCUUCUGCAGCUACCUUAAGCGAUUCGGCCACGAGACGGAGGACUGGUGCCCAGUGUGCGGCUCCGGCGUCGUCGAGGACGCGCGGCACGUGCUGUUCGAGUGCCACCGGUUUGACCACGAGCGUCAGAAGUUGGAGGCGGUAGCAGGGUCCAGUAUCUUGCCAGAGACACUGGUGCCGUUGAUGUUGGCAGACCAGUGUGUGUGGGAGGCUGCAGCAACAUUCGCCGCGGAUGUCAUGAAGUCUCUCAGGGAGCAGGAGCGAAGGCGAAAGGAGCAGACGGAGUAG